AGGACCAAAUACCUGGGAUUCAUAAUCUUUCCCCCUUUCUCCUCCAGCUGUACCCCUUUUUGCACUCUUUUAAGUACUAUAUUGCAGUAGACAGUCAUUUCAAGGGCACAGCAAGGUUUACUACACGAUGUGAGGGACUCUUGGGCAUUACAAACUAUACAGAUGAGGUAAGUUACAGGUUUACAUUGUUUUCCAGUUAAUUUGGCACAGGCAUGAAACAACAGUCCUAGACUCUUUUGACUCUUGCAAACCCUCCUGUAAAUUUGGCCAGCCCUGGAAAAGUUGGAUGCUUUCUGCUUGAACCUCGGGUUUACUUCCUUUGCCUUAGGUACUGGCUCUCAAACUCACCCGUGCAUCUCGAGCACCUGAAGGGAGAGCUUGUCGAGCAGAUUGCUGGGGCCAUCCCCAGAUUUUCUGAUAAUAGGCCUGGGCCCAGGCUUGAAAAUUUGCACAUUUCUGACAAGUCUUUAGGUGCUCGUGCUGCUGGUUUAGGUUUCUCACACAGAGAACCACUGCCUUUGGCCAAUCUCCUUCACAUAAACAGUGCAGUGGUUUGGGGGAUCAAAAGACCUGUGUGUGCACUUCUGUGUUAGAAACUAGUAAUAUGAUCUCGUGUGGAUAAUUUAACCACGUAGGUCUGAGUUCUUUCGUUUUUAAAGUUAAGAAAGUGUACUUUAAAAAGAAAAAAAACCCUCCAAAUGCUAGUGAUCUUAUGCCAAAUGGAAGAUGAAAUAGUGAUGAGUUUUUCCCUGGAUUUUCUUAAUUCUCUCAAUAGGAGCUUCCAUUUUGACCAUAUAGCUUAUAUCUGUAUCUAGUUUUUUAUUGCAAAUUGAUAGUAUGCUAAAGUCCCUGCUGUUUCUUAACUGCUUUUUACAUUCUUUAAGGUCUGAGCCAGGGCUUUUCUCCUUGUCUUCUCUGCCCAGCACCCUGAAUUGUGUGGGAUACACAAUCAAUACUCAGUAGAUAUUUGUAGAAUGAGUAACCCUGUUCUCUUCCCUUUGAAGAAGUUCUGUGCCACAUUGCCAGGCAGUGUAUGGCUAUGCCAACUUAAUUCCCCCAGUGGAUUGGGAUAAAUGCCAAUGCGAAAUUCCUAAAACUGACCCUGUGAGUGGUUUAUUACCAAAGCCCCGGCACCCACUGAUUUUGAAUUUUAGUGCAUCUGUAUCCAAGUUGGAGUGAGAGAAAUAGGUAAAAUUCAACACCUCUUUAUUUACUGAGCACCUUUUCUACCAAGCGUCUGACAAAGUUUUAGGCACUCGGAAUAUAACAAUGUAUUAAGAGAUCCUUGCCAUCCUGGGAUGACUUAUACUAUUUGGACCAUGGUUUAAUCUGCAGUGGAAACCUGCUACUCUUCUGAUUCCUGUGGCCCAGCAGGCAUGGGUCCCAUCUUUUAUCAUCAUAUAAGACUCUUGAAUUGACUGUUCUGAAUUACCCAUAUUUACUCCUCGGGCCAGGCUCUAGUUACAAGAUAUAUUUUCCUGUUAUUUGUCAUUAAAUAAUGGUUCCUCUGACCGUCCAUGUGAUUGGCAUUGACCGUGUUUAUUGUAGUAAUGAAUUAGGUACAGCUAGUUUAACUCUGGCUGCAACAUGGGAGCUGACACCCUCAUCAGGAUGGGUAUCAGUUUUGAUGAGUGCCCUUUUCCCAUUUCAGAUUAAUUUGUGAUGUUCUAUUUUAAACUGAGGCCUGUAGAUUGACCUGCUUUAUUUAAGGCAUUAACCACCUCUAGGUAACCAUUAAGGUUAGAAAGCCUAGCUUCGUGUUGGAGGUUAACCAGUAUCAUCUGGAUGGCCAGAUACCCAAUUCUGGACUCUUAGAAUCUGUCUUUGGCUACUAGCCCAUCUAAACUCUUGAGUAAAUCCUUUUCACCAUUUUAGGCUAAUACAUUAUGGCCCAGGUAUUCAAUAAAGAAGCCAUACAUCCUUGUUCCUCUCCAAGUCCCUCUUAUCACCAUUACAAAGCAAGAUGGUUUCUCAAAAGAUGGUCCAGCUCUCUGCCUUUAAGUGGAGAAUCAUUCCCAUUUCCAAGGUGGUACAUCUUGAGGUAGAGCACAGAUUGCGUGCCUCCAAAGGCAGAACUGCCAGCAGUCCAACAUGGCCUUCUGGGCCUGUGGUCCACACGUAUAGAAAAGAUUUUCAUUAAAAAUAAAGUGAAUUGCUACUGUUUUUAUAGCUUUAUUUCACAGUAUUUGUGUUUAUAUUUACUCAAUCACGUUUUUAUACCCACCUUAUACCUUGGUUCUAACCACAAAGACUACAGAAUUUCAGGGCAAAAGAUACUCGUGUCUUAGCUCCCACUGAUUUCUUGUACCACCCACUGCCACUACUUAUUUGGCCUCUGUUUGUUUCUUCCUGUCUUCCCCUUCACUCCAACUUACUCUGUUUCUUUGAAACCCAUUGUAAUAAGCUUUGAGCCACUCCUCCCCUUGUCACCCAGAUAUUUUAUGCUGAAGCUAAUGAAGGAACUAUGUAAAUGGCAAAAAAAAACUUAAGAGAAACAGUUUUUAAAUAUGGUUUGAAGCAUGCUGAUCAUGAUGUGUUAGAAGACCAAAAGUCAGUGAAUGCAUUCUCUUUCAUUUCUCUGGCCUUCUGGGUUAAGUUUUCAAGGGAUUUAGUAGCUGUACUAACUGGGCUUGCCCCAGAUUGCCUCUUCCCAGGUAGAGAGAGGAGACAGCACUGUGACAUUGGUAAGUAGAAGCACUGUUGGUAUGGCCUUGGACAAGAGAACCUAGCUCUAAGGUUCUAUCUGUAUUCCAAGAGUCUUGUUUAAUUUUAGCUGAUAAGUCCUUCAAAGCAAGGACUCUUCUUUCACUUUAAUACUUUGCUUUUGAUAUAACAGGAAACAGACCAAUAUUUUUCCUGUGCAUUUAAAUUUUUUUGGAAUUACAAUGAAAUAAAGGACUGUUUGCUUGUUUAUUGUUUAAAUCUUUCCUUCUUCCCAAAAGGAUUUAAAGCAAUUUGAAGGAAGAGAACAAAAUAUAUUGAGCAUCUACUUACUCUACCAGUCUCUAAGCUGCAGUAAUUUUAUACAUUACUUCAUUCACUCCUUAAAACAACCAUGGGAGAUUUGUAGUAUAGCCACAUUUUGAAAACAAGACCAAGACUUAGAAAGUGUCACGUAGCCAGUAAACCAGGAAAUGGAUCCAAACCCAAGGUUACAAAGCCCCAGACCAUUAUGUGGAAAGCAUGGAUAAACAUUUGUAUACAGGAUAAUUAACCAUAAAAGAUCAUUUUUCUGGUAGAAGGAUCAUACUAGAUAAUCUUUAUUUUUUUAAAAGAUUUUAUUUAUUUAUUCAUGAGAGACACACAGAGAGACAGAGACACAGGCAGAGGGAGAAGCAGGGUCCCUGCGGGGAGUCCAGUGGAGUACUCAAUCCCAGAACCCCAGGAUCACAACCUGAGCCAAAGGCAGAGGCUCAACCACUGAGCUACCCAGGCGUCCCCAGAUAAUCUUUCAUUUUAAAGAAGAAUACAGCAGGGUGCCUAGGUGGCUCAGUCAGUUAAGUGUCCGACUGUCAAUUUCAUCUCAGGUCAUGAUCUCAGGAUUAUGAGAUGGAACACCACAUUGGGCUCCAUGCUGAGUGUAAAGCCUGUAAGAGUCUCUCUGUUCCUCCCCCUUUAGCCCUCACCAUUCACUCUCUCCCUCCCUCCCUCUCUAAGAAAAAAAUAUAACAUUAGAACAGGGCAGUUAACAGUUUUUAUUAGGUGAUUUCUAUUCUAGAACAAUGAGAGGACUAUUUGGAAGGUCUGAUUGGCUCCAGAGUACAGACGUAUCCAGAUUUCCAGGUUAUGGGCCAGCAUUAGGGUAAAAAAUAGAAUGGGAGACAGGAAGGGAAAUAGGUAUUUGCUAAAUGUUAUCAUUUGAACCUCUCUGGUUACUACUGAAGAUUAUUUGCCAGUAAAUAGAUCACUGUCUCUCCAUUGUGUAGACACUAAUAUGACCACAAAACUUGUCGUCAUUCAGGGUUCAGAAAGCUCUCUGCAAGUAAUAAGACUUUAAGGUAGGGAACCAGAUAUCCUUUCAUUGCCUGCAGUUUUCUGUUCUUGUCAAUGGAAUGGAGUUACCGCUUUCACUGGCAUGUGACACAUUCAGAUAAGGGGCAGAGGUAACUGGACCAAAGACUAGAGAAGGCCUUUGUCUUUUCCACAUCUCCCCAGUCCUGCUUCAUACAGCCUAGAAACACACUCAAGAGACUAGGUCAUGGAGCUCACCCAGCCCUAGGCUCAUGAAGCCUAUCUGUAGACCUUGUUUCAGAGCUUUCUGGAACCAAGUCCUAUGCCCUUGCUGGCCUGGCUUCAGUCUCUAUAUAGUCCUCUUCAGUUUUUAUCCGUCAUUAUGGAACCCUUCCAAGACAGACAUUGAGGGAAGGUAUCAGAAUAGCUAAGGCAACAGAUUGCAAGGUGAAUUUACAGUGUACCAUAUCCCACAAACUGUAGAAUAAAACAAUGUCCGUUUUCUCUUUCUAAUACACUUGACAUUCACACAGCACAUUUUAGUUCAUAAGCUCACACAGUUCAUCUAAUCCUGUGAGUUAGGAGAGGGCUUUCCCCUUUACAAGGGCUCUUGUGUGUGUUAUCUCAUGGAAGUCUUAGAGCUGCUCCAGUUACUUAAGGAUGUGGGGCUGGGACCCACAUCUUUGGAUACCUAAUCCAGUGUUCUGUCCAUGGCACCACCUGCCUCCCAUUCCUUCCCAUCUCUCGCCCCACUGGGGACUCCUCUUCUGCCCUCCAUCUCACUAUUGCUGAUCUAUUUGCCAUCAUCUCUUCCUAAGCUGCCAAAGUAAAUCCAAAACAAGCAAUGGGAACCUCAAUUCAUGAUUUCUGAAGAUGAUUUAGAAAUGGCAGGUUCAUUUUUCUUUAGAGAGCAAAGCCCCAUGAGAGCAGAAAUGCUUCUGUCAAUGCAGAACUUUUAUAGACUCCAUAGUAGAUAAUCUCUGGUAGCCAGUGCUAUGUGUAAACAAGGAGAGCUUCUAGUCUGCUUCCCUGGGCAUGGGUUCUCAGACUUUGAAGAUAAUUGAGAUCCCUUCAUUAAGCCAAAAGACUUAUUGAUUCCAUCUUCUCUCAGGACCUCCCCCCCCCCCAAAAAAAAAAGUCUCACUGAAGGUGGACAUAAAAUGUUAAAAACUACAAACCGUGUAGAAAACAGACCAUCAUGAGGUAGAGACAGCAGAUUCAAUAGGUAGGGAAAUUACCACAUAAAGAUCUAGAAAAUUCGAGAACUCUUUAAAGCAGACUAUGAAAGAAUGUAGUGGAUAUUUGAGGGUCCUGGAAGGAAGAGAAAUAAGAUCAUAAAUGAAUGAAGAGCCAUUUGAGAUAGAGAUGAUAAGAUCAAUAAUAGGGUCAUUGAAAUUACAGUCAGUUUGAUGGGCAGCAUCACAUUAGACCCAGCUCUUAAGGGUGGAUUGUUAACCUUGAAUGUGCAUCUUAGACUUGUAAUGAAGCCCAAAAAGACAGAAAAACGAAGAAUCCCUCAGGCUGAAUGUAGAGAGUGCUCUAGAGAAGGCAGGACCCGGAAGAGCAGGGGUGAAACUUGAACCAAGUCAUUCAUUCAACAUGCAAGUGCCUGUUAAGGCCGGUGUGGUAUAGGGGAUGGUCCCGUUCUCAAAGAGUCCUGUUACUACCUUUCAGUGGUUCAUAAUGACUCAACAAGGGAUAUGAGUAGAGAUGAGAUGGAUGAAUUUGAAAGACACUUGGAGGAAUUAACAAGACCCGUGAAUUUAAAAAGAAGUAGAAACAGUGGAGGGAAAGGUGGGCUCUUCCCUGAUAAAAAGCAGGAAGAAAAUUUUAAAGUGGAGGUUUAUUCUUUUAAAUUCACUUAGUAGGCACUUUAUUAUAUGUGGUGGAGAUUGAUCGAAAACCUAACUUGAAGGCCCUAACUUUAAGGAGUUUCUCAGGAAUGAGAAACUGUGGAUCUGUGGUAUCACAGUAUCAAUACCGCAGAUAUUGUGAGAGAGGCGUGCCCAGGUUGCUGUAGAAGUGAUUCUACAUUGGUUUCUAACCAUUUUACGGGUAGGGGGAAUGGAAUCAAAACAUCUGAGAGACCUGAAGUCAGAGCUGCCUUAUAAGUAAAGUUUCACCUAAUGAAGGGUAAAGAAUCAGAAAGAACAACAUGCUGUAAAGCAAAAGGGCAUAGGGCUUGUAUGUUCUUCCCAUGUACACACUCUGUGUGUCUGUGUGUGUGUUUGUUUGAAAGGGUUGAAGAGAAGGUGAAAGUUAACAAGAUGAAAGUCGGCUUAAUAUACAAUACGUAAGAGUUUGCUUUUCACUUCUAAGACAAGGAGGAAUGGUUGAAGAUCUUAAAUAGGCGAGGGACAUGAUUCCAUUUGCCCAGAGUGCUGGUCACUCUUGUGAUACUGUCAUUGGUAACUUGCAGGGAACAAACCUGGAGGCAGGUAGCUCACGAUUGGAGGCGGUUGGAGUAAUCCCGACAAGAACUGAUAAGGACCUACAGUGUAAAUCAUGGGAGUGAAGAAGAGGGGACAUGUUAAGAAAUGGAACACACCAUGCGGCAUUGGAGGUUGGGGGGUGUGAAUGUUGCAUUUAAAAGGAACAGCCUUCCUACAGGCAUGGUGACGUGAAAAGACACCCCCUUUUGGUUGGAAGGUCAGCAACGUACCCCUUCUAGCUCGUUGAUAACACAGCAAAGGGUGGGAUAUGGGGCUUGAAAAAUCAUCUGAGGGGCGAUUGUGAAGCGGUUCAUGUACCAUGCCAAGGAUUUUAUAGCUGAUCUUAACUAACAGAGUAUUUUUAAAUGUUGAAUGUGCAGUUGUGCACUGUAAUUUAGAUAAUAUUUAACAUUGGGUUGCCAUUGCUCUUCUAAGCAUGGUACUGAUAGUGACAUGUUUAAUCCUCAUAGUCAUGCUAUUAUAUGGAUACUGUUCUUACCUCCAAGCCAUAAAUGGGCAAACAGGCAAGGGGGCAUAGAAACUUAACUAUGGCUUCACAUCUAUGAAAUAGCACAGGCCAAAAUUAAACCCUGGCAGUCUGACACCAGGACUCUCACUCCUGCCUUACACAGCUUGGGUGCUUCUCAUCAGACACAUCAAAACCACACCUAGCAUUUCUAAAGACACAGUUGCCUCCAUUGACCAAAUCCCAAGGAUCCAGAAAAGUGUUGAAUGAUAGUUAUUUUGCAAAAACCCCACCAUAAUUAUGCUGCCUUGCACUCAUGGUUGAGUCCUGCAGGGACCCCAGUUAGGAAGUUAUGGCAGUAGCCCAGGCAAGAGCUGAGGGCCCAAACUAAAGCAGUCUGUGGCAAAGGAGGAGGAAACAGAUUUAGAGGCUUAAGAGGUAGAAUUGGUUUAAUGAGCUGUAAGCAAUGGGGAAGAAUCAGUCCAAAGAUUACAGAGUUGAGUGUUUACUUAGCAAAUGAUGAUCUCAGCCAAGACAGGAUCCCAGGAAGAGGGGUGAAUUUGGGAGUCAGCAUCCUGAAUUCAAUUUUGAACACUUGGGUUUGAGGAUCUGGAGGUCUUCCCUUUAAGAUGUCUUAAUGAGCAGGAGAUCGCUUUUGGGGGCGCCUGUGUACCAGCAGCCGUGUAAAGGGCUUUCCUCACUCUUACCUCGUACAAGCUCCCCGUCAAAUCUCUGAGAGUUCCCAUUUUACAGAAGAGUUAAAUUGAGUGUGGUUCAAUUUGAAAUGAACUUUCAUAAAGGCUUCCCCAUCUGUUUCAGCCUGACUGAUGUGUGUCUUCUCAGAACACACAUCCUGCUGUAUAUGUAAACACGUGUGUGACACAGAUGGUGGUCAGUACCACGUGUUCUAGCAGGCGAUGAGCGGUGUCCUUUGUCCUCGCCAUUUUCCUUGCAGAUUGACAGUGUUCAUGAAGUAGAGAUGCAGUUUUUUUGUUUCUCUAGGGGGUGUGAACCCAGCCUAGGAAACCUCAUCCAGGAUGAGGCCUAGAUCAUCAUAUUUCAACCAAAUUUAUUUAUAGCUGAUGGUUGCGGAGAUCAGGAGCAGGGGAUUUAAUAAUGUGAGGAAGUGUUAUGUGUGUGGGGUUAGGAGAACUCAGAAUUGUCAUCCCUGUGCAUAACCUCCUGCUUAUACUGUUGUUUGUCUCUACUUCUCUGCCCCAGGUCCCUUGGGAGAAACUCCUUGAGGUGCCCAGGCUGAGACUGGGGGGUAAUGACAGUGUGAGUUCUAGAUGGUGUGAGAUCCCUACCCCCGCCCAGAGCCAAACAAUGGCUACAGCCUUGGAACCAGAGGACCAGGAUCUUUGGGAAGAAGAGGGAAUUCUGAUGGUGAAAUUGGAAGAUGAUUUCACCUGUAGGCCAGAGUCUGUCUUACAGAGAGAUGACCCUGUGCUUGAGACCUCACACCAGAACUUCCGGCGCUUUCGCUACCAGGAAGCAUCAAGCCCCCGAGAAGCUCUCAUUCGACUGCGAGAACUUUGUCAUCAGUGGCUGAGGCCAGAAAGACGGACAAAGGAGCAGAUCCUAGAGCUGCUCGUGCUAGAACAAUUCCUUACUGUCUUGCCUGGAGAACUGCAGAGCUGGGUGCGGGGCCAACGGCCAGAGAGUGGCGAGGAGGCAGUGACGCUGGUGGAGGGUUUGCAGAAACAACCCAGGAGACCAAGGCGGUGGGUGACUGUCCAUGUUCAUGGCCAGGAGGUCCUGUCAGAGGAGACCAUACAUCCAGGAGCAGACCCCGAGUCACCUUGCGAGCUGCAGAACCCUGUGCAUACCUUGCUUCCUGAGGCAUCCCGUGAGGAGACCAUCCAGAGCCCAGAUCUGAGGCCACCAGAAGAGCAGAGCCUCUGCCAUGAAUUGGAGUUCCAGCCCCUGCGGGAGAGCGAGGUUCCAGUGUCCCAGGACCCAGACCUUCCUGAAGAGAGGAAUGCCGGAAACCCAGAGAUGGUUGCCCUUCUUACAGCUCUUUCACAGGGAUUGGUAACUUUCAAGGACGUGGCUGUGUGCUUCUCCCAGGACCAGUGGAGCGAUCUGGAUCCAGCACAGAAAGAGUUCUAUGGAGAAUAUGUCUUGGAAGAAGACUGUGGAAUUGUGGUCUCUUUGUCAUUUCCAAUCCCCAGACUAGAUGAGAUCUCCCACGUUAGAGAGGAAGAGCCUUUGGUCCCAGAUAUCCCAGAGCCUCAAGAGCCUCAAGAGCCCGAAAUCCUGAGUUUUACCUACACAGGAGAUAGGAGUGAAGAUGAAGAAUAUCUUGAGCAGGAAGAUCUAAGUUUGGAGAAUCUACACAGAUCAAUUUUGGGAGAUCCAGAAAUUCACCAGACUCCAGACUGGGAAAUAGUCUUUGAGGAUGAUCCAAAUAGACUUAACGAAAGAUUUGGUACCAAUAUUUCUCAAGUUAAUAGUUUAUCGAGUCUUCAAGAAACCAUGCCUAUCCACCCCCUGUUAGGGAGACACCAUGACUGUCCUGUAUGUGGGAAAAGUUUCACUUGUAACUCACACCUUGUUAGACACCUGAGAACUCACACAGGAGAGAAACCCUAUAAAUGUAUGGAGUGUGGAAAAAGUUACACGCGGAGCUCACAUCUUGCCAGGCACCAGAAGGUUCACAAAAUGAGCACUCCUUAUAAAUUUCCCCUAAACCGGAAGAAUUUGGACAAGACCUCCCCUCUGGCUCAGGCUGAGAGAACUCCACCGGUUGAGAAACCCUAUAGAUGUGACGAUUGUGGAAAAAACUUCCGCUGGACCUCAGACCUUGUCCGGCAUCAGAGGACACACACAGGAGAAAAACCCUUCUUCUGUACUAUUUGUGGCAAAAGCUUCAGCCAGAAAUCUGUGCUGACAACACACCAAAGAAUCCACCUUGGUGGCAAACCCUACCUGUGUGGAGAGUGUGGAGAGGACUUCAGUGACCACAGGCGUUACCUGGCACACCGGAAGACACACGCGGCUGAGGAGCUAUAUCUCUGUAGCGAGUGCGGGCGUUGCUUCAACCACAGUGCCGCAUUUGCCAAGCACCUAAGAGGACAUGCCUCAGUGAGGCCCUGCCGGUGCAAUGAAUGUGGGAAAAGUUUCAGUCGGAGGGACCACCUUGUCAGGCAUCAAAGAACCCACACUGGCGAGAAACCAUUCACAUGCCCUACCUGUGGAAAAAGUUUCAGCAGGGGCUAUCACUUAAUCAGGCAUCAGAGGACCCAUUCAGAAAAGACCUCCUAGCUAGGUCCCCAUGUUCUGCAUUCAGCCCUCCCAGGGAAGGCGAGGAGAAGCCCUCUUGUCAGCUUGGGAAGACCUUUUCCGGGGAGUCUCCCUGACUUGCCCAGAUCUACAUCACCUCUUCCCACAGCUAAAUAAAAUCCCCUAGGCAGAA